GGAGCUUCACUCCAGUCUUCCGAACCGAGGGUCCUUUAGUAAGAACUACCUAUGUAACUUAUCUACCCUCAUAUUCUUCUCACAUAAAUAGCGUCUAGGUUGUGAUAACCUUCUAUCCGUACCUAGUAUAGGUAAACAAUCGUAAUCCAGAGGAGAUACGACUAAGACACGAUGUCUUCUGCCAAUCUUGGUCUUCGAACAGCUUCCCGAUCACUACGCUUACAACCAACCACCUUGCGGAGAACCGUCCCUCUCAGUCUUUCUUCACGAGCAGUAACGGCGAAAUUCGGAGCCUCUACGGCUCGACUAACACACCCCACCUGCGCCGUUCGCUCUUCUUCCUCCUCCUUCUCCACCACCGCCGCCCAAAAAUCUGCCCCUCCAAUGCCUCAGGAAGCAAGAGAAUACGACCCCGAGAUCAGGGACAUCGCAAGCUAUGUCACCAAGCCAAUCAAUUCUGAAUUAGCUUUUGACACUGCACGAUGGGUAUUCCUUGAUACUCUAGGCUGCGGGCUCGAGGGUUUGCGAUUCAAGGAGUGCGCAAAGCUCCUUGGCCCCAUAGUCCCGGGCACGGUUGUUCCCAACGGCACGAGAGUUCCCGGUACCGAUUUCAUCCUUGACCCCGUCAACGGUGCUUUCAAUAUUGGUGCUGCGAUACGAUGGCUCGAUUACAACGACUGCUGGUUAGCUGCUGAAUGGGGCCACCCCUCCGAUAACCUGGGUGCUAUCCUGGCUGUUGCUGACUGGGUUAAUCGUACCAACAAGGCGGGCGGCAAGCUUGCAGGAGGCAAGAUCUUUACGGUCAAGGAUGUCCUCGAGGGUAUGAUCAAGGCGCACGAGAUCCAGGGUUGCCUAGCGUUACUUAACUCAUACAAUAAGGUCGGGCUGGACCACGUCGUGCUUGUCAAGGUUGCCAGCGCGGCGGUCGUGUCUCAGAUGCUGGGUUUGAGCGAGAAGCAGAUUGCUGAUGCCGUCACCCAGGCUUGGGUCGACGGACAGAGCUUGCGAACCUACCGGCACUCCCCGAACACCAUGUCUCGAAAGUCGUGGGCCGCCGGUGACGCUUGCCAGCGAGCUGUGAACCUCGCGUUGAAAGUUAUGAAGGGCGAGCCCGGCAUUCCCACCGUCUUAUCAGCACCCGUAUGGGGGUUUUAUGAUGUCUUGUUCAAAGGCAUUAAAUUCGAGUUCCAGCGCCCCUACGGCAGCUACGUAAUGGAAAAUGUCCUGUUCAAGGUCUCUUAUCCAGCCGAAUUCCACUCUCAGACGGCUGUGGAGGCUUCCCAGAAGGUACACAACAAACUAAAGGAAAUGGGCAAGUCGGCAGCUGAUAUCAAGGGUAUCACGUGCAGAACGCACGAGGCCUGCGUUCGUAUUAUUGAUAAACAAUUCAAGCCGAUGGAUAACUUCGCCGACCGCGACCAUUGCAUCCAGUACAUGUGUUCGGUAAUGCUCGUGUUCGGGCGGCUGGAGGCGACCGACUACACGGACGGCAGUGAGGCGGCGACAUCACCGUUAGUAGAGUCGCUCCGGAAGAAGAUAAAGUGUGUCGAAGACCCGCAGUUCACCAAGGAUUACCACGACCCGGAGCUGCGUACAAUCUCUAACGCGCUGACGGUCGAGCUGAAUGACGGCACGAUCCUGGACGAAGUAGUAGUUGAGGCGCCGCUGGGACACCGUCUGAGAAGAGAAGAGGCCAAGCCGCAUAUCUUGGCCAAGUACAAGCGGCAUCUGGGACCUCACCUCUCCGAAUCGCAAGUGAAGGAGUUAGUCGAGUUAGGGAUGGAUGGGAAGAAGCUAGAGGCUACAGACGUCGACGAAUACGUCAGCAAAUAUGUUGUGAAGAACAGCCCUUUCGUUUAGGAUUGCAGGUUAUAUAGCCGGGCUACGGAAAGCCAAUAUGUCAUCUAUGAGCCUAUCCGGAUAGCUAUUUUGGAUUAUUUUCAAUGAAGAAUAAGUCGAACGAGACACGACCUACUUGCAAGAAA